AUGAUCCUCAGAUCCCAAGAUGUGCCGCGGUUCCCACUGCUGGAACAGGGAUGGGAGAAGGAGGCGCGGUGUGGUUGUUCACCCGUGGCGUGGCGCAAAGAGCAGCGCAGGCAGCGCCUGUCCCGCCAGCAUCUCCUGGCCGAGUUUGGACCAAAUACCAUUAAUAACCUAGAAGGGCUCUUCUACCAACCAUCUCCUCUUCUCCUGCAGGAAACACACAAAGUUUACAGACAGAAACUGGAAGAAGUCACCAGUUUGCAGACAGCCUGCAGCAGCUCCAUACACCGGCAGAAGAAGACACUGAGGGAUCUGAAGCACGGCCUGCAACGGUGCAAGCCCAGAGCUAGUCCUGAGGAGUUUGCUCUCAUUCAGGAGAUCAGCAGCCAGAUCAAGGAGAGGCAGAAUGCCUUCUUUGACAUGGAAGCCUACCUGCCCAAGAGGAACGGCUUGUACUUAAACCUGGUGCUGGGAAACGUGAAUGUCACUCUCCUGAGCAACCAAGCAAAGUUUGCUUACAAGGAUGAGUAUGAGAAGUUCAAACUUUAUCUGACAAUAAUUUUGUUACUCGGGGCUGUUGCCUGCAGAUUUUUUCUCCACUACAGGGUGACAGAUGAAGUGUUUAACUUUCUGUUGGUGUGGUAUUACUGCACGCUGACGAUACGGGAAAGCAUUCUCAUUAGCAAUGGCUCAAGGAUCAAAGGCUGGUGGGUGUCUCAUCACUACGUUUCCACGUUCCUGUCUGGAGUGAUGUUAACGUGGCCAGAUGGACUCAUGUAUCAAAUGUUUCGCAGUCAAUUUUUAGCAUUUUCAAUAUUUCAGAGCUGUGUUCAGUUCUUACAGUAUUAUUACCAAAGGGGCUGCCUCUAUAGGCUCCGGGCUUUGGGGGAGAGAAACCACUUGGACCUUACAGUAGAAGGAUUUCAGUCCUGGAUGUGGAGGGGGCUGACGUUUCUCCUUCCCUUCUUGUUCUUCGGGCAUUUCUGGCAGCUAUACAAUGCAAUCACACUUUUCAGAUUGUCAAGGCACAAGGAAUGCAAAGAGUGGCAGGUUUUUGUGUUGGCUUUCACAUUCCUGCUGCUCUUCCUUGGGAACUUCCUCACUACUCUCAAAGUGGUGCACACUAAACUCCAGAAGAACAAAGACAAGGUGAAGAAGCUGUGACUCCCUCUGUUCCCAGUGUGCAUCCAUCCCUCUGCCCCCCAGUAGGGCUGGGUUUGGGACAGAUCCUGCUCAACCCCAGCUGGGCCAGGGAUGGGCUCCUCAGGACUCGCCUGUCCCAGUGUUUGGUGAAGGACUCUGCCAGCACAGACUCAGUAUUAAUGCAAGCAUGGCUCUCCAGUCACACUCCUGCUAUUUAUGUCUAUUUAAUAUAAAACAUGUUUGCUUCUGGGAUUUUUGUUCUGUAUAUAGAGCAGCAUGCACCUGCCUGGCCAAGUGCCAGCGUUGGGGAGAAUGUGGGAUCUACUGUAAUUCCAAUUCUGGAAUGAUACCUGACACUUUCCAGUUUUAUUAUUUAAAUUCUGGAUAUUGAGUUUAUUGAGGUUUAUGAACACUCCGAGUGGAUCAGUAAUUCAGAGCGAAUGCUGUUUUUCAAGGCAUUUGUUUAAGGCAUAUUCUCAGUGGCAAUACUAACCUGUGUGUACUGUGAAAAGAAAAUGCUCAUCUUUGUACCAUACUGCUGCUAUAUACACUUCUAAAAAGCUAUUUAAAGAAGAGAAAAAUCCUCCUUUGAAAACAAAAUCAUGCAAGCAAAAGCAGUUUUUAAAUGGCAGGGAAGUCUGCUAGCCCUUUUCCAGGGAGACCAGGUCAUUUGUCCAGGCCUGAAAGGACCUAAAAUAAACUAUUCAAUAUGCAGCUGCCUCUGCCCCUUUUUAGUAACAAACACAUGGCCCUUGGGAUGGUUUUUGAGACAUGGUUCUGGAAAGGGGAGGACAGGUUCAUUUAAAUAUUAAAUACUUUCUUUAGGUGCUGCACUUGUACCAAUAAUGAAGAGAAUGGAAAUGCUGGGUCAAGGGGAUGGCAGGGGACAAACACUGACUGCUAUCCUGCUAAAGUCCUUGUGCUGCUUGAAUUUACACUCACUCAUUGGAACACCCUUUUUUGAGUGCUGUAACUUCUGUACCUCCUCAAGCAGCUGUAGCACUGAGCUGCCUUGGGCUGUGUCUUUCCCAACAGUGAAAGCUCCCUUUGAGCCAGCACAAAGCCCAAACUGGGCACUCCUCUGGAAGUGUGUGGAAAACAGUGCCCUCCUCCCCAGAGUGUGCUCACAAGGGACAGAUACUGCACCACAGGCUUGAGAGGGAUUCAUCAGUUCUGUUGCUGCAAACUAGCAAAAUUACCUUUGCCAUGUCACUGUCCUGUGGGCUUGAAACUGCAAUUUGCGUAUUUUCAGCAGUUUUCACACCAGUUGGGCUGUAUUUUGCUAUCCUUUGCACACCCUGUGAGGGUUUUUUUUUUUACUCCUUGAACUCUUAGUUUAUGAGAUGUAAUUGUGGAGAGUAAUGCUGGAAGCUGGUUCUGCAGUAGUGAGUAAUGUGAAUUCUGCAACCUGAGAUUCUCAGAAACUCAGAUUAAAAAAGCCAGAGCCAUUUCCACUGUGGAGAAUGUCACUUUCUGAACGUUUGUGUUUCAGUACUGGGUGAGGUGAGGGGUGGUUCCUUUACUGACAAGUGGAGAAAAGGCUGCACAAUUCUUCAAGGUUUUUCUGUAGUCAAGGGUGUGCACAAAGUUCCAACUAAUUUAAUUUCUCAUUUUAGGCUCAUAGAUAUUCACAAACCUUAAUUAAAUCAAAACAAGUUAGGAGAAAAAUUAGAAGAAAAAGAUUUUUCAAGGGUCAGGAUCUGUUUACCCUGCAUGUAAAACAAUAAUGAUGGCUUGCUCCAAAACAGUUUGGCACUUUUAAUUUAUACCAGUAGAGAUGAUUUAAUGAGUGAAUGAAUUUUUCCUCCAGUGUGCACCGUGAUUUGCAUCUGUCUUGUAUUAAAUAAGCUGUAAAUGUUUAUCAUAAGACUGACUUAACAUUACAUGUAGUAGCUGCUUGGAGUAGUUCUAAAUUUGAGUGCUGUAAAUUAACUAUUUCCCAUGAUACUCCACUACUUAAUUGGAGUAACUGACAUAUUUCCAUUGAUAAAUGCCACUUUCCUUUCCAGCAGCAGGCCUUGAAGGACUCUGAGGUGCAAAUCUGCAGAGCUGGUCCAGGGGGGUGGUGGAUGUUCCAUCUGCACUCAGGGGGCAGCCUGAGGCCAAUUCAUUGCCACCAAGUUAAUUAACUUGAAAACGUUAAGACAAAACUUUUUCUGUCUCUUCAAAGGUGCCUGAUAAGCUGCUUUAACAUUGCUUCUGAAAGGUGUGAGUUUUCUACUAGAAAAAGGCAGUAAAUUGUGACUCUAAAGUGCCACAAUUAUUCUGCAGAGGAAGAAAAACCCCAGCACUGAGUUAUACAGUAGCAGUUGCUGUUCAUUGCAGUUUAAAUAGUGAGUUGUUCACACUUAGAAGCAAAAGCCAGAUGGGUGAAGGCACCCACCGUGAGCUAACUGUGAUAAACAGCUUUGAAAACUCUGUGAGAACAGUGUAACA